AUGGGGAGUGAGAGUAGGCGGGAGCAUCGAGAAAGGAAAGAAGAAAAGAAACGAGACCGCUCCAGGGACAGAUCGCCUCGUUAUGAUAAGAACAGUCGUGAAAAACGAGAUAGGCGUAGAAGUCGUUCACCGAGAAAGAGAGAAAGGGAACGAGACAGAAGUAAGUCUAAAGAAAGAAACCGGGACAAGAAGCGCGAGAGGAAGGAGAAGGAACUCGACCUAGCAGAAAUUGUUACAAUGACUGAUAAGGAUGAAGCAGACAGAAAACUUGAACUGGAGAUGCAAAAAAGGAGGGAAAGGAUUGAGAAGUGGAGGAAGGAGAGAAAGAAAGCGGACCCGGAAGCAAAAGACGAAGAAAAAAAGGAGGAAACAAAAGAACAUACAUGGACGUUGGAUAAUGAGGAAGACGAUGAUGAACAGCCAGUUCAGUCCGAGUCGAAAGACGAGCAAAAACCGGUUGAAGCGGAUGACGAUGAAGUGGACCCUUUAGAUGCGUAUAUGGCUGAAGUGAAUAAAGAAGUGCGGGCUACGAAAUAUGGAGGGCAAAAGGUGAAAGAUGGAAAGGCGCGAAUUGUUGUCAUAAGCAGUGAAUCGACUGUCGAACCGAAGAAAGGAGAAAUUAUAGAAGCGGAAGAUGAAAUAGAGCAAGUCAUUGAUGAUUUUGACAUUGAAAAAGCAGCUUCCUCGCUCAUAGCGAAAGGUCGACAACUCCCUCAAACUGAUCAUUCAAAGGUGUAUUACCGGCCUUUCCGAAAAGAUUUUUAUGUGGAAACUGCAGAACUUGCCAAAAUGAGUAAGAAAGAAGUUGAUGCGUAUAGGGAAGAAUUGGACAUUCGUGUAAGAGGGAAAAACUGUCCUAAACCUGUGAAAACUUGGGCACAGUGCGGAGUUGAGUAUAAAAUUUUAACGACCCUAAAAAAGCUUGGUUAUUCAAAACCAACUCCUGUUCAAGCUCAAGGCAUUCCAGCCAUCAUGAGUGGGCGAGAUGUAAUUGGUAUUGCUAAAACUGGAAGUGGCAAGACUCUUGCAUUUUUGCUGCCUAUGUUUCGACACAUAAUGGACCAGCCAGAGUUAGAAGAAUUAGAUGGACCCAUAGCUGUUAUAAUGUCUCCAACAAGAGAGUUGGCUAUGCAGACAGCAAAGGAGGCUAAUAAAUUUGCUAAGCAACUUGGUAUUCGAGUGGUAUGUGUUUACGGAGGUGUUGGAAUUUCAGAUCAAAUUAGUGACCUGAAAAAAGGUGCAGAAGUGAUAGUAUGCACUGUGGGACGACUCACUGACAUGCUUGCCGCGAAUAAAGGGAAAGUCACUAAUUUACGUCGAGUGACAUAUCUGGUUUUAGACGAGGCAGAUCGCAUGUUUGAUAUGGGCUUUGAACCUCAAGUUAUGAAAAUUGUUAACAAUAUUCGACCAGAUCGACAAACUGUAAUGUUUUCUGCUACAUUUCCUCGGCAGAUGGAGGCGUUGGCUAGAAAAAUUCUUGACAAGCCUAUUGAAGUUCAAGUUGGUGGUAAAAGCGUUGUUUGUGACGAUGUUAGCCAGAAUGUUGUGAUUUUGGAAGAACAUCAGAAGAUGUUGAAGCUUCUUGAAUUGCUUGGUGUUUAUUGGGAGCAUGGGAAUGUUUUGGUCUUUGUGGAUAAACAAGAGAAAGCGGACGACCUCGUUGCUCAGCUGAUGAGAAGUGGUUAUAAUUGUGCGCCACUUCAUGGAGGAAUUGAUCAGUUUGAUCGGGACUCUACUAUUCUCGACUUUAAGGCUGGUAAAAUUAAACUUCUGGUCGCCACCUCAGUUGCAGCACGUGGUCUCGACGUCAAAAAGCUGAUUUUAGUUGUAAAUUAUGAUUGCCCCAAUCACUAUGAAGAUUAUGUACAUCGUGUUGGACGUACAGGAAGGGCUGGUAAUAAAGGAUAUGCAUACACUUUUAUACUACCACAAAAUCAGGAACGUAUGGCAGGUGAAGUCUGCCGUGCAUUUGAAACAGCGGGAAAAGAACCACCGGAGCAGCUGAAAAAAAUGUGGGAGGAUUACAAAGCUGAAAUGGCCGCACAGGGAAAGACAGUUCAUAUUGGAGGAACUGGUUUUUCUGGCAGUGGUUAUAAAUAUGAUCAAGCUGAAGACGAAAAAGAAGCGACAAGAAGAAAAGUGACACGUUUAGUCCAUGGAAUGGAAACUGCUAUGGACGAUGAUGAUGACGAAGAAAUCGAGCAACAGUUAAGCAGUAUGAUGAAGGGUAGCACCCGUGUCGUGCAAGGUUACAGCUCUCAUGGUACACCUUCAUCAACAGCUGUGGGAGAUAAAAUUGAAAAGGCGAGGGCAUUGGCUGCAAAAAUUGCAGAGGCAAAACAACUUGGUGUGACGGCCCCAAUCGAGAAAGAUGCAACUUCAUUAACUGCAGAGGCUGUAAUGCGGGGUAGUGAUGCUGCACCUAUUGCACUUUCUGCGAAGUCAAUAGCUAAACAAAAAGCGGAACAGUUGAACGAACGAUUGAAUUAUAUGCCGUCAGAACUUUUGCCUGGAGUAGAAACAGAAGCAGAAUUGCAGUACUUUGAGGAGGAAUUAGAAAUCAAUGAUUUCCCGCAACAGAUUAGAUAUCGCAUCUGUUCAAGGGACAGUUUGGCCCAAGUCCAAGAAUAUGCUGAUGUUGGAAUAUCCGUAAAAGGAUCUUAUUAUCCUAAUAAUAAAGAACCGAAAAACGGGGAAAGGAAGCUGUUUCUUUUCCUUGAAGCACGUUCUGAACUUGCUCUCCGGAGAGCCAGAGAAGAGAUUUUACGUAUAAUGAAGGACGCUUUUCGACAGAUGACACAAACUGGUGGAAGAAGUGCCAGUACUGCGGGGCGUUACAGACUGUUUUAA